GCCCGGGGGUGGGGCCAGCGCGUAUAAAGGGGCGCAGCGGGCUGGGCGUUCCACAGGCCGAGUGCGCUGUGCUCGAGGGGUGCCGGCUAGGCCCGACUGAGAGCAAGCGGAUAGGCAGGCAAGCUCCGAGGGGGCGCGGCCCAAGCUGGACAGGACAAGCGAUCGAGACGCAGGAGCCGUCCAUCACCAAUCAGCCAGCCUUCGACCAUGGGCAUGUCCGACGUGUACCUCCGCAGCAGAACAGCGAUGGAACGCUUGGCCUCCAGCGACACCUUCCCAGUGAUAGCGCGCAGCAGCGCCUGCCGCAGCCUCUUCGGGCCUGUAGACCACGAGGAGCUGGGCCGCGAGCUGCGGAUGCGCCUGGCGGAGCUGAACGCCGAGGACCAGAACCGCUGGGACUUCAACUUCCAGCAGGAUGUGCCUCUUCGAGGCCCUGGCCGUCUGCAGUGGAUGGAGGUGGACAGCGAGUCUGUGCCCGCCUUCUACCGCGAGACGGUGCAGGUGGGGCGCUGUCGCCUGCAGCUGGGGCCCCGGCCACCCCCGGUGGCCGUGGCUGUCAUCCCGCGUUCUGGGCCGCCGGCUGGCGAGGUCCCCGACGGCCUAGAGGAGGCGCCUGAGCAACCGCCCAGCGCCCCAGCCUCGGCCGUGGUCGCGGAGCCCACCCCACCCGCGACCCCGGCCCCGGCCUCAGAUCUGACCUCAGACCCGAUUCCGGACAUGACCCCGGUCGCGACCUCGGACCCGACUCCGGACCCAAUCCCGGACGCGAACCCGGACGUGGCGACUCAGGACAGCGAGGAGCAGGUCCCUGAGCAGGUCCCUGAGCAGGUCUCUGAGCAGGGCGAGGAGUCGGGUGCUGAGCUGGGUGCUGAGCCGGGUGCUGAGCUGGGAACUGAGCCGGUCUCUGAGCAGGGCGAGGAGCAGGGCGCGGAGCCGGUCGAGGAGAAGGACGAGGAGCCAGUCGAGGAGAAGGAUGAGGAGCCGGUGGAGGAGCAGGGCGCUGAGCCGGUCGAGGAGCAGAACGGAGAGCCGGUCGAGGAGCAGGACGAGAAUCAAGAGCAGCGCGGCCAGGAGGACCAGCCUCUCUCGGGGAUUCCAGGACGUCCUGCAGCCGGGACUGCUGCAGCCAAUGCGAACGACUUCUUCGCCAAGCGCAAGAGAACUGCGCAGGAGAACAAGGCGUCAAACGACGUCCCUCCAGAGUGUCCCUCUCCAAACGUGGCUCCUGGGGUGGGCGCGGUGGAGCAGACCCCGCGCAAACGUCUGCGAUGAGUUAGUUUAGAGCCUAACGGCCAGAGAGAAUUUGCUGGGCAUCUGGGCAGCGGACGAUGGAAGAACUCUGGGCUUCGGCUGGAACCUUUCGUUCAUGUAGCAGGAACUGGAGAUGGCUGCGCAGAGCAGCCCACGGUUUUGUGGAAAUCUGAAAACUGUGCAAUGUAUUGAGAACACUCUGUACCAUGCAUGUGCAAGGAGUACGCUGGUCCCAAGGUGUAAAGCUUUAAAUCACUUAUGUAAAAUGUUUAAUCUCUACUCGCUCUCAGUGGAAAAAAAAAAGAAAAAAGAGAGAGAGAGAAACUAGAAAAUGUAGAACGAAGGAAGAAGAUGAGAAAAGGAAAAAAAUGUAUAUUUGUACAAAAAAGUUAAAAAAUUAUGAUAACUUAAUAUUUGUAUUUAUCCAUGCGUGAACCCCUCUGUCACGCAACUGCUGGGUUAUUGAUUAUUACCAAAGGCACUAGAAAUCACCAGCUUCAGAUUACCCACAAAUGUAAAUCUACUUUUUAUAUUAGACUCUAGGGUUGUUGAGUAAAAGCCCCCACACGUUCAUCUUCAGUUAGCUUACAGUGUCCCCCACUUUAUUAGAUUGCUCUUAAACUUGGUGACCAGACUGUCGAAAUGGUUCCUGUACUGCCCAUACCAACUGCCCAGGGCUCCUCGUCCGCCAGGUUCUAAAUAAAGAGGCCCAACAAAAAUCACA